GAUAAGCUUCUGGGCGCGAGGGCCGGGCAGCUGGGCCAAGGACUGGGCGAUUGCAGCUGGUUAGCGGCGGUGCAAAGCGUGAGGGAAUAUUUAGGCACCCUUGGGAGGAAGGGCUUUGCUUCCCAGGUGUAGGAAACGCAUUUUAGGAACCGGUUCAGUGAAACGCUUAUUCUUCAGUGGAGAACGGCAAGGCCGCUUGUACGUGCCUUUUUACUGGGAAGCUGUAGAUAAUACAUAAUGCAGAUAUUAUCUACGAGACGCGAUAAUUGGUUUGGUGGCCCGAGGUGGCAUUUCAAAACUCGGGGUUUUCGAGUUGAUGCUUCUGUACUGACGAGGUUAAAAAAAAAAAAAAAGGAAUUAGGCAGGUUAUUGUCAGACUGUGGAAUCUACGUUAUAUAUUCCUGCUCCUUGCUAGAUGAAAGUUAAUGGAUCCUUCAUUACUGAACAGGAGGAAGUUGAAGUAAAGAAGGCAAAGACUUUCAUUUGGAGACCUGGGAAAGGGCUAACAGAAAAAGUGGAGGCAAAAAUAAAUACUCUUGAGGACUGUGAUGAUUUUGAAGACUUUCAAUCAGAAAAUGAAGACUGGGAAUCAGUUGAUGAAUAUUGCAGUGUGGCUACCGAAACUGUUUUUCCUGAAAUGAAAACAGUUACCCAGUAUGAAGAAGAAGAAGACUGGGAUAAGGAGAUGGCAGACUCUGAAAACAAUAAAAACUCUUAUGAUUUAGAUGAUAUUAUCUACUGUGGAGGUUUCCGGGAUGGCAAUGGAGAGGCGUCCUAUUCAGUUCACGAAGAACCUCUGUAUGACCCAAGCUUACACCACGUAGCACCAUUGACUUUGAUUCACUUAAAAGCUGUGACAGAGGAUGGCCAAUUUGAAGAUGCUGUUGACUGAGACAUUCCCAGCAAUGGGCAAAAACACUUAAGUUCUAAAUUGGAUUUGUCCGUAUAACUGCACGAAAUGGAAAUAACUGGAUGCCUUAUAAGAAUCUAGAUACUGAAACAUUAGGGACUGGAUGGAUGCAACUUUGUAUCACCUUUUGGUUUAAACAAACUUGAAAUGAUUUAGGUUUAAUUUAUGAAGUGACCAUUGCUGUUAAAGUACUGUUAACUAUUUUAUGUUAUUAUCUCAGUUUUAAUUUUGGGUUUGUCUUGCAAGCCUUCACUUAAAUGACUAUACAUUUAUUUCCAUCUCUUGACACUCAGCAGGAGUUUCUGAGGCUACAGUUCUACGUUUUGGUAUGUUGGAGGCGAUUGGGAUGCUGGACGGAUGGAUAGUAAUAAGAUUAUUCCUCAUAAAUACAGGCUAUUUGAUUUUAUACAGCAUACGUAUGUGUUUUAUUUAACAUAAUAAACAUGCAGAAAUGCUGAUAGAAUAUACCGUCUGGUUAGGGUUUGGAUAAUUAUGUCUACAUCUGCUGAUUUGUUUAUGCAAAGUUUUUUUUUAAAAAAUAUUGCUUUUAAAAUAAUAACAGAAAAAGAAACAAACAAACAAAAAGAAAUCAAAAAUACAUUAUCGUGCUUAAAAAUAAGUGAAAUAAGAUACAAGAGAGAAAAAAGAUUUUAAUAUGUUAUUAAAACAGUUACAAUUCUAUAUGUAAUUAUCUAAUGCAAACAGUAUUCAAGUGUGUGUGUUUCUAAUACACUUAUAUGACUAUCAUGCUUUUUUUAACCUACUGUACUUUGUGUAAAUGUGUCCUACAUUUCCUUAUAUUUGUCCCUACAAAGUUUAUAUCUGUAGGCAGUCCUCUCGUAGGUAGCAAGUGUAAUCAGGUCUUUAAUCUAUUGAGUAAAUUGGGCUAUAUGUUUAUCUUCCCAAUGUUGCGGUAUCAGUCUUAGCUAUAGUAGAGGCAUGGAGAAUCCAGUUUCACUGUAUAAUUUCAAUAUAUAAAUUCCAUAUAUGAUUUAUUUAUACAAACUUAAUAAAAAUAUAAUUGACAAUAGCUAGGUGGAUACAUAAAUAAAGACUGGCUGCCAUUGUUAAGUCUAAA